ACGAAAAAAGCUUCUGAAUCUUGAAUUCCAUCACUGUACUAUUGCUGUUACUCUGUGUCGUAAAGUUCGACAACUGGGGGAAAUUUCAAGUAACCCAUUCGCGGAUUUCAAGUCGUCAUGGUGGUUCUUCAUCUUUGUGUUGCAGGGGGGUUGAUUUCUUGGCAAAAAAUUUGGGGCUUCUUGAUCGUUUCUUUGGGUUAAAUCGACAAUGUGAGGUGAGUUACUUGAAGAUUUCAUCUGGGGUUUUCUUAUUUUGUGAUUUUCUUGAUGAUGGUGGCUGCCAUUUCUGAAACAACAAACCAAACAAGACCUCCGUUGUUGCCUUCCGAGAAAGAUAAUGGAAUUAAUAAACCAACAAGACCUAAAUCAAGACAAGUUUCUUCAAGAUACUUGUCUCCUUCGCCUUCACCUUCAACUUCUUCGAAUUCGUCGUCUUUACCCACACCCACACCUUCCAGAAGGUUCCCAUCUCCUCUCGUUUCGAGAAAUUCGACUACUCCGGCGGCUAAACGGUCCGUUUCUGCCGACCGGCGGCGAUCCACCAGGCCGGAUCUUAACUUGAAAUCUAACAAUGCCGGCGGUGGCGAGGUGUCGGCGGCCACUAAGCUUUUGGUAACAUCUACGAGAAGUUUGUCUGUUUCUUUUCAAGGUGAGGCCUUUUCGUUGCCGAUUAGCAAGACUAAAGCCACACCACCAUCGCCUAAUUCUUACAGUGUGAGAAAGGGUACCCCUGAGAGAAAAAGAACUGGUACCCCUUUGAGAGGGAAGGUUGAAGGUGGAGGUGGAGAUCAUGCCGAGAAUACGAAACCCUCCGAUCAGUAUCGAUGGCCUGGCCGGACUCGACAAUCGAAUCAAACUAUUUUGUCGAAAAGUUUGAGUUUAGAUUGUGGGGUUGAGAAGAACAACAUAAUUGGAUCUGGGAAUGUGAUUAGAGCUUUACAUCAGUCUAUGAACUUGGAGGGCAGAAGGGCAUCAGUUGAUGGUAGAUUGAGUCUUGAUUUGGGUAAUUCUGCUGAGCUUUUGAAGCCAAUUCAACACAACCCACAUGGGAAUUCGAUUAAUGAUUCAUCUAUGGUUCCCUCUGAUCUCACUGCUUCUGAUACAGAUAGUGUUUCUUCAGGCAGCACAUCUGGAGUCCAAGAAACCUUUGGGUUAACCCGUGGUUCAGGUGUUGGAGGUCGUGGGAUGGUUGUGUCCGCCAAAUUCUGGCAAGAAACGAACAGUAGGAUGAGGAGGUUGCAGGAUCCUGGUCCACCAUUCUUGACUAGCCCUGGAUCAAAACCCCCAACGAAAUUGGCUCUUGCCAAGAAAUUCUCGAGUGAUAGUCCACUAUCGUCACCAAGAACCAUGGCUUCCCCGAAUAGAAUGAGACCAGCAUCGCCAAGUAAGUUUAUGACAUCCCCAUCAAGGGGAAUAAUUAGUCCUCGAAGGAAUUCUAUUUCUGGAACCAUUAGUACUAAUUUUAGUGAGACACCAUCGGUACUUAGUUUUGCUGUUGAUGUUCGAAGAGGGAAAGUGGGUGAGAAUCGUAUUGUUGAUGCACACAUGUUGAGGCUUUCAUAUAAUAGGCAAUUGCAGUGGCGGUUUGUUAACGCUAGGACUGAAGAUACGUUGUUGAAGCAGAGACAUAGUUCAGAGAAAAAUCUCUGGAAUGCAUGGAUUACAAUCUCUGAUUUACGUGACUCAGUCACCAAGAAAAGACACAGGUUGCAGUUGCUGAGGCAAAAACUGAAGUUAGCCUCCAUUCUCAAGGAACAAAUGGCUUUUCUGGAACAUUGGGCUUCUUUAGAUAAAGAUCAUUCUGUGUCAUUGCUCGGAGCUAUUGAAGCUUUAAAGGCUAGCACUCUUCGUCUUCCAGUUGGUGGAGCAAUGGCUGAUCUCCAAAGUAUGAAAGAUGUUAUAAGUUCAGCACUUGAUGUGAUGCAGUCCAUGUGUUUGUCAAUAUGCUCACUCUGUGUUAAGGUGGAGGAAGUUAAUUCAAUGGUGGCCGAGCUUGCAAAUGUGUGUGCAAAAGAGCAAGCUUUGCUUAGGAUUUGCAAAGGGUUAUUGUCAAUGUUAGCAGCCCUGAAGGUGAAGGAUUGUAGUUUGAGAACUCAUAUGUUACAAACCAAGUGUGUGAAAAAACCACAUGUGUAGAACUGAUCAACUUAGUCGCGGCCCUUAUUCAAGAAACGCUAACAUUACACCACCAAGUGAAGGAUGGACUUUCCGGAGGUAAUAAAGUAGCUGACUUUUUGGCUUGUGGCUGGGUUUCUGUUUUUUUUUUUUUUUUGUAUGGGGAAUUUGUCGUGUAUUUUUUUUCUUGUUGCAAGGAAAGAAUGUAGUAGUGUCUCUAACUAGUCUAGUUUUUUACUCUGUAUGUAAAUAUAUAGGGUAUGUAAUUCAACUUGUUUAAUUCUCUUGUAAUUUGGUAAAGUUUGGACAUUGAGCUUU